ACUGCUUGGCCGUCGCCCCCGCCGGGCCGCUGGCGUCGCUCCGGGGGCGCGCGCCCACUUGGCCCUGUAAGGCCGGCCGUGGGGCGAACCCCUUCCCCGACCCCUCCCCGAGCCGGGCGGGGAAGUACAGGAGACCUUGAGUGACAGCCGGGCGGCCGGGCGGGGACGCGUCCCGGACCCUUCUCAGUUGAGAGUGCGGUCCCUGGGCAGAUUUCGACCCCAGUCCCUUUCCCCGUCCUUCGGCCCUGGCUCUGGCUGCCUGGCGGAGGUGGGGUGGCAUUUGCCCUUUGCACACUGCUGGCUUCAUCUUUGAGGCUGCACCCCGAGGCAACAAAUGCAGGAUACUCUGUCACCCACAUGUCCACCACCAUCUGGUUUGCCUCUUGGCUACUUUGACUUUCUCCUUAAAUGCUCCCUGUGCUGGGCAAACAUUUCACAGCCAGCAGGGCAAUGGAGACUUCAUGGCCCCUCUUCCCAGUAUCAGCAAGCUAUUUGGGGUGAUCAUUUGGAAGCCUCAGAGGAAAGAUGUCAGGCUUCCCGUGGCUUUGGCCUUCAGCAGUGGGACUCGGCUUGCUUUCAGCUGCCGUAGGAAGAUUUCUGGCCUCCGAGCUCUGAUACGGGGAGAAGAUAAGGGCUGGGAUCUUUGAGUCCGCCCCUAGCUAGGUGUCUGCGUCUGGUGUGCGGUCCUUGGAGUUUUUGGUAAUGACUCACUUCUGCUCUUUCUGGGAUCUGUCUCCCUCGCACGUGACCCCGUGGGGUCCCUGAAUGGCUGUCUGUUCUGGAGUACCCAAGGCUAGCACUGAGCUUGGCGAGGUGCUGUCACACCAGCAGGACGCUGCAGGAAGGAGCGGGCUGCUUCCUUUCUUGAUGUGCAAAUAACUCGUAUAGGCUAAUCAACAGGCUUAUAAGUUCAAAGGGCUACCGCCAGGACCCUUGGAGAUUCCAGCCUCUCCUCUGUAACUUGGAGAUGUUUGUUUCUGCUGCAGACUCAGAGGGUUGCGAUGAAGAGCGGUGGAGCUGCGUUGAGAAGCUGGCCCCUUCGCUGGGUGGGAGGUUUCUAAUUGCCCUGUUCUUUGGGGGAUCCUUAAGUCCAGCUGCCAGGUGGGGGCAGCGAUAGGAGCAGGUUCUCCUAGUAGUCUCUGGGGAAGCCACAUGAGGGGAGCUGCCAGUCAUCCCAUGCACCUAUUGGUCUUCUCCAGCAGGUCCUGUAGGUGGUCCAUGUUCCAUGCCUUCUGGGUUCUUGGGGGAGAGGGAAGCUGUUGAAAAAAAAAAACCCCACACAGAGGGGUUUCUUCUAGAUUUUGGGAGUAGCAUGUGCUAUGGAAUCCUCCUGCUGGAGCCGACCUUGAGGGUUCCGGGGUGAUUAAAGCCGGCUUUGCAGGAGACCAGAUUCCCAAAUACUGUUUCCCAAACUAUGUCGGGCGGCCCAAGCACAUGCGGGUGAUGGCUGGAGCCCUGGAGGGGGACCUCUUCAUCGGACCAAAAGCAGAGGAGCACCGGGGGCUGCUGACCAUCCGCUACCCCAUGGAGCACGGCGUGGUGCGAGACUGGAAUGACAUGGAACGCAUCUGGCAGUACGUCUACUCGAAGGACCAGCUGCAGACCUUCUCAGAGGAGCAUCCUGUGCUCCUCACGGAGGCCCCGCUCAACCCAAGUAAGAACCGGGAGAAGGCGGCAGAGGUGUUCUUUGAGACCUUCAACGUGCCAGCCCUGUUCAUCUCCAUGCAGGCUGUGCUCAGUCUGUACGCAACGGGACGCACGACAGGAGUGGUUCUAGACUCGGGGGACGGGGUCACUCACGCCGUGCCCAUCUAUGAGGGCUUUGCCAUGCCUCACUCCAUCAUGCGGGUGGACAUUGCCGGCCGCGACGUCUCCCGCUACCUCCGACUCCUGCUGCGCAAGGAAGGGGUUGACUUCCAUACCUCGGCUGAGUUUGAGGUUGUCCGGACAAUCAAAGAGCGAGCCUGCUACCUGUCCAUCAACCCGCAGAAGGAUGAGGCUCUGGAGACGGAGAAGGUGCAGUACACGUUGCCAGACGGCAGCACGCUCGAUGUGGGGCCUGCCCGAUUCCGGGCCCCCGAGCUGCUGUUCCAGCCGGACCUUGUAGGGGAUGAGAGUGAGGGGCUCCAUGAGGUGCUGGCCUUCGCCAUACACAAGUCCGACAUGGACCUGCGCCGGACACUGUUCGCCAACAUCGUGCUCUCGGGUGGCUCGACGCUUUUCAAAGGCUUCGGAGACCGAUUACUCAGUGAAGUGAAGAAGCUUGCUCCAAAGGAUGUCAAAAUCAAGAUCUCAGCCCCUCAGGAACGGCUGUACUCCACGUGGAUUGGCGGCUCCAUCCUGGCUUCGCUGGACACUUUUAAGAAGAUGUGGGUGUCCAAAAAGGAGUAUGAAGAGGAUGGCUCCCGUGCUAUUCAUCGCAAAACCUUCUAGUGCCCGAGGAGGGCGGGGCACAUUGGGAGAGGGGGAGGGAGGGCAGCCAGAGCCUUGAACCCUUUUUGGUCUGGGCUCGCAUACUUGGCUUAGGGUCCCCUGCAUGCCCUGAACCCCUGGGUGGGCGGCACGACAGUGCCCCCCUGCAGCCUUCCCCUCUGCACACACACGACACGCACAUAUGAGUGACAUUGAGCUGCAUGGACAGGAGCCUUGAGCUGGCGUGUGGGGACUGAGCACCAUGUCGGGCUGUUCUGGGUAUCCCCCUGGCAGGGCCAGCUAGGCCUGUGGUUCCCUGCUCUGACUCUCAGGGCUGCCUCCCCGAGCUCCAGGGCCAGAAUGCCUGGAUGCCUGUGUAGCCAGUUUGGGGAGUGGGCUGGAGGGGCAUCCAGCAGCUCCCGCUGGUGUGUCAGCACGUCCAUUGCCACCUCCUGUUCGUGACCUGACAGGGUGGCACAGCCUCUUCCACACUCUGUCCUGUCUUCCUGGGUAGAUGCCCUGGUGGAGGGCUCAGUACUGAAUGGUCUUCCAUCCCCAGCAAGGGGGUGCAGCCCAGGGUCAGGCCCUUCGGAGCCAGGGCAGAGGUUGCAAGGUGGCCGGAGCUGCUGCACUCUCCCCUCAGAGCACUUCAUCGACUUGCUCCUCCCUCUACCCUUGGCACCCUGGGUGGGAAAGGGUUGAUGCUCAUCAUUUAUUGAAGGGAAGCCACUUAAUAAGGAGUCAGACCUAAAAGGGGGUGGGGGACAUUUUCUUCUCUCACCUCACCCAAGAAAGAGGUCGUCGCUUUUGCUGUGGCCAGGGCCCCACCUCCGUCUGUCAGAUACGUACAAUAAUUUAACACAGUUGCCUGAAAAAAAACUUUUGUAAAUCAUUGUAGUAAUAAUUAUGGACAA